GGCAGGGGAACACGUCACACACUGAGGAGCUGCUGUUGGGUCAGAGGAGCCAAUGGAAAUUGAGGAUUCCUGAGACUCAGGACAAGUCGGACAGACUAUGAAUAAAUCGUGCGACUUUCACUGAUUGAUUAUCCGGCACAGGGGGUUCUGUAUUUGGGGGCGCAGAGGGACAGUUGGAUAAUGAAGAAGGUUCCUGCCCCCCAGGACAAGGUGCCCCCCUGUGUGCGGGGAGGGUCGGUACAAAUAGAAUAAUAUUAAGUCCAGGGAAGAUCAUUUUAUUCUCAGUCUCCGCUGAGCGAGUCACAGACACGGGGGAGGGUCGCGGAGGGUCGGGGGUCCCGGGCUGGUGACUCAGGUGCACUGGCGGUUCUGCCAACAUAAAUCUCCGCCCAAAUCAGAGGCAGAAGAGUCAGACGAGCCCCACUGGCCCCUCAUCCAGGAUAGGGGGGGGGGCAACUCCCAAUUCUCCCAUAUGCCCCCCCUCCCCCGGGAUUCACUCACUGAUUGAUCCGGAGCUGCUUGUCUCCCCCCCAAUCUGUCCGACCCCACAACCUGUCCGACCCCCCAACCCGGGAAUAUGAAGAGAAAGACUCGGCGCUGGAUCUUCCACUUGUUCCUCAGUCUGGGGAUCGUCUUUAUCAGGAUCGGAGGAUUCUCUUCGGUGGUGGCCCUUGGGGCCAGUGUGAUCUGCAGCAAGAUCCCGGGUUUGGCCCCCAGGCAGAGGUCGAUUUGUCUCAGCCGACCCGAUGCCAUCAUUGUGAUUGGAGAGGGGGCGCAGAUGGGAGUAAAUGAGUGUCAGUUCCAGUUCAGACACGGCCGAUGGAAUUGCUCGGCACUGGGAGAAAGAACCGUUUUUGGGAAGGAGCUGAAAGUGGGCAGCAGGGAGGCCGCAUUCAUGUAUGCCAUCAUUGCCGCCGGAGUAGCCCACGCCAUCACCACCGCCUGCACCCAGGGGAAUAUGAGCAACUGUGGCUGCGAUAAAGAGAGACAAGGGAUGUUCCACAGGGAAGAGGGAUGGAAGUGGGGCGGCUGCUCGGCCGAUAUCCGAUAUGGAAUUGGGUUCUCCAAGGUGUUUGUGGAUUCCAGAGAGAUCAAACAGAACGCACGGACCCUCAUGAACUUGCACAACAACCAAGCCGGACGCAGGAUCCUUGAAGACAACAUGAAACUGGAAUGCAAAUGUCAUGGAGUCUCCGGAUCCUGCACCACGAAAACUUGUUGGACCACCCUUCCCAAAUUCCGCGAGCUCGGCUUCAUCGUGAAAGACAAGUACAAGGAAGCAGUUCAAGUGGAGCCAGUGAGAGCAAGCAGAAACAAGCGCCCCACCUUCCUCAAAAUCAAAAAGCCACUCUCUUACCGCAAACCCAUGGACACCGAUCUGGUCUACAUUGAGAAGUCCCCAAACUAUUGUGAAGAAGACCCAAUGACGGGCAGCAUGGGAACUCAAGGGCGACUGUGCAACAAAACAGCUCAGCACACCAGCGGCUGUGAUCUGAUGUGUUGUGGGAGAGGGUAUAACACACACCAGUACUCAAGGGUUUGGCAAUGUAACUGCAAGUUCCACUGGUGCUGCUACGUCCAAUGCAACACUUGCAGUGAAAGAAUGGAGGUCUUCACCUGUAAAUGAUUUGCUAUUGUGGGAAGUGUCAGCCCUGCCUACCAAGAGUAGGUUAAAGCAUCGAGUUGGGUCAAUCAUUUGACCUUCUAGUUUGUAACAUUAAGGGAACUAACAGAAGGCAGUGAAAAUGACACAAAGGUGGAGAAGAAGAGGAGAGAUAAAGGGAGAGAAGAAAGGAACAAGAAAGAGAAAAAAUAUUAUUUUACCCAGUGGAUGAAUGGUCUAUGACUUUCUGCUCCGACACUGAGCCAGACAAUUGGACACCCAAAAACCCUGGGAACUUAUUUUGUACAUUUGCACAAGACUCUAAUUUGCAUUCUGGCUCCUGAGCCUUGAACUCUUUGGAUGUGUAUAACCCCCCACACCCCACCCUGCUGGUUCUGCUAACUAUGGGGGCAUCUGAUGUCACUCAUUCAGAGACAAAAAAAAAAAUAAAGCCAAUAAAGAACAAAGAUGGAAGCAUUUUGCACGCCAAACGAUAGGAACUGUUUCCUUCGGGGGGGGGGGGGGAUCCAAUCAAAGGACAAUAAAAGAUCUACGAGAGUGAAAGUGGCCUGUGUUUUCGAAUGCCCCCCCCACCCCAGAACAGCUGCCAUCUGAGGGGAUACGAUGUGCUCACAAUGGGCCCGCGUGACUUUUUGCUCCGAGUGUGGAUUAUGCAGAUUUUAUUUGUGAAAAGACUCACAAUCAUUUCACUCUUUUAUUGUACAUUCUCUUUUCCAGACACCCCCAGCUCCUUUUGAGACACCCCCCUGGAUCCUUCCCAGACACCCCCAUUUGCUUCCCUAUCCUGGUCUUCCUGAUGCAUUGUCACUGGACUCCACAUACUAUGAUAUUUAACAAGAUAAUAUAGAUGAAACUACUAUUAAUUUAUUUAAUGGGGGGCUGAUAAGAGCACUGCCAGCUGGAAAUAUUCUGUAUAAAAGUAGUGUAACGGCCGGGAGUUAUUAUCUGUAAAUAUGGGGGGCCCCCUGAGUUUCUGGGGCAGUUGAAGUUCUUUCUGUGAAAUCUCUUUGCUGCUAGCCGUCUAGCUCAAUAUUUAAUUGUUUGAAACCAGAUUGCUUCCUAAAUCAGUGGAAUUCUAUAGGCAAAGCUUUCAGCUUUUUGUUAAAAAAAGAAUAUAUUUUGUAAGAGCCUAUUUUCAUAUGAAUAUUUUAUUUAUA